CAUCUUCCGCCCAAACACUCAAAACGCAACACAUCGAACCCAAAAAAGGAGCUCUCGGCUUAUUGACGAACCCAAGAGAGAGAGCCAUUUUCUGCGGAACUGUACGUUCGAUUCUUCGUCACUGCUCGCGGCAUAUAUAUACAUAUAUAAUCAAGCACGUCGCUGUUAACACAGAGACUGGAGCCGGAGCAGAAAAGGAUAAUAUAUGGAGGCCGGCGCAGGAAGCGGUUUGGAAUGCCAGAAGAUUAUGGAUGGGAAGGUGAAUGACAGCAAGAAUGCUUCAGACAAGGCUAUUAUCCCUUCGUGCUGCUUGAAAGCUAGGGCUUCAGACCCUGAGCUGGAGGCUAUAUGCCAUUCAACAGUUGUUUCUGGAUGGUUCUCAGAACCUGAGUCUUGCUCUGCUGGGAAGCGAGUGUAUUUCAACAACCCAAUGUGGCCUGGAGAAGCACAUUCACUGAAAGUAGAAAAGAUGUUGUACAAGGAGAAGUCAGAAUAUCAAGAGAUCCUGGUUUUUGAGUCCUCAACAUUCGGGAAAGUGCUUGUGCUUGAUGGCAUUGUCCAAUUGACUGAGAAAGAUGAAUGUGCCUAUCAGGAGAUGAUAGCUCAUCUUCCCCUUUGUUCAAUUCAUUCCCCCAAAAAUGUUUUGGUUGUAGGUGGUGGUGAUGGUGGAGUUCUUAGGGAAAUUUCUCGCCAUAGUUCUGUUGAACUCAUUGAUAUCUGUGAGAUAGAUAAGAUGGUUAUAGAUGUUAGUAAGAAGUUUUUUCCGGAGUUAGCUAUUGGCUUUGAGGAUCCUCGUGUGCAACUCCAUAUUGGUGAUGCUUCUGAAUUUUUAAGGCACGCACCUGCUGGAAAGUAUGAUGCAGUUAUUGUUGAUUCAUCAGACCCUGUUGGCCCUGCACAAGAACUUGUGGAAAGGCCGUUUUUUGAGACAAUAGCUAGAGCGUUAAGGCCGGGGGGUGUUCUGUGUAACAUGGCAGAGAGUAUGUGGCUUCACACCCAUCUUAUUCAAGACAUGAUCUCUAUCUGUCAUGAAACAUUCAAGGGUUCUGUUCAUUAUGCAUGGGCAAGUGUUCCCACAUACCCUAGUGGAGUGAUUGGAUUUCUGAUAUGCUCAACGGAGGGGCCACCUGUGGAUUUUAUUCAUCCUAUCAAUCCUAUUGAAAAAGUAGAGGGAGGGCUGAAGUUUAGAAGAGAACUAAGGUUUUACAACUCUGAGAAGGUCAACAUUUAACUCCAUGAACAACACUCGACCUUUUUGAUGAAGUGAGGAAUUUGAGCUACUGUUUGCACAAGUUGCUAGGCUUCUCUUGGAUCCUCCUCUCUCUGGCAGCCAUUUAAACAGAUACCAAUUGAAGUAAUUAACUUAUGCUGUAAUAGAACGUGUUGAACUGAAAUUACUGCCCUUUAUUAAGUAUGACUCUCAUACAAACUAGUACACAGGGCAGGUAGUUGGCCAAAUGCUUAACUGAGUCGAGCAUAGACUAGAAAAAAUACCACUGACCAGUUAAACAUGACUGAUAUUUUUGCUGCUUUCUGGAGCUUUGAAUUGAAGUACCAAUAAAAAUGGGCCAAUAUUCUCACUAUUUAUUUAGGUCGCCUCAUUGAUAUGUGAUCCAGAUGACAAACCCUCGACACCCUACUCAACUAUUCAAAUUCAUGCCUGAAAGGAUGUGGUUGCCAAGUUUGGUGCUUGAAAUUGCAGAUUCCACACCAAUAACAUUUAUCAUUUAGUUGAACUAGCAAAUGAAUUCAUGCAAAAAAUCACUGGUUCUGAAUGACUAGUUGCCU